AUGUGGUAUGGACAUCGUUAUCAAGUUAUCAAGUGCACGAAGUUCCUUACUAUGGAUCCCGAUAUAGCAUGGGAGUACGCUAAGCCUGACUUUUUGUUUGACGAUGACACCGUUUGCUUUACCAUUUUCUAUCUGCAUCCCUACCAGACGGAUAUUUCUGGGAAACUCAGCAAGUUGUUCGACCAACUAACGAUCCAGCUGGACCCGUACAUCAAAUAUUACCCAUGGUUGAAUGCCUUACCCAAGAUGGUUGUGGAUAGGAAAGAUAAUUACCACUAUAUAUACGGAGAACUGAAUUACCAGGAUGCUUUUGAGGAUGCAUGGCUUUUGCUCCAGGUUCUCACCAAGUUUACGUCCAGAGAUGACAAUCUGUACCUUCAUGCGUUUGAUCAAAACGGUGAAAUUCUACUGAUUGAGUUACACGACAAGAUCCCCAAGUGGUUGAGUUCAUCCAACGGAGGAAACAGAUGCUGGAUUAAUAAUCGGCAGAUCUUGGUCAUACCAGAGUCUUGCGAGCCAGGUAGUGGCUUGAAGCUUCAAGAUUCCUUAGAAUUUCUCUUGAAAUAUCCCUUCAAAUGUCUCAAACUUGAGCUCCCAAGUAUCACUUCAGAAUUCCCCAAAAGAGCUCUGCAGUUAAUUCAUACCCAGAAGGCAUUAGUUGACAAAUCGACACGGUCGUUGAUAAUAUCGCACCUAUCGCCAUCUCAAAUGGCACAAGCCAUCAACGAGUACUCCAAAUUACAUCCGCAUCCUUCCUUUCUGCCAGCCUCUAAUGUUGUUGACACACCUAAGACGAUAUACAUUCAACUUCCUUAUCUCUUGAGCACAUAUCUUGAUCUUUCAACUAAUUCGUUUGACGAGGAUCUGGCGUUAGAGAAAAAAGGAUGGAUCCUCCAACAGAGUGUACGGUCGUAUCUGAAGGAACAUGACCUGAACCUUGAACAAACAGAAAUAUCGGAAGUUGAGCUUGCAGAGCACAAUGAGACAAUUCUUCGAGAUCCUCUGCAAUCUGAGUUGAAGCGUCUUGAAAUAAUCACUCAUCACGUUAAGCCGAAACACAUAGAAUUGACACAAGAUGGAGAAGAUGAUGCCUGGAUAGAGGAGUUCCGUGAAGUAUUCUUCAAUCUGAAUAGACAAAGUGAUACCACGAAUACAGUUAACGAUGAGAAAGAACAUGAUAAUGCUGAAGUACCGGUUUCGUCCGGUGAAAGGGAAGCAGAGAAAGAUGAAGACAGUAUAACUAGGGAGUAUCUUAAACAGGAGAACAUUGAUAUAGACGAGGAUGACUUUUUUGAGUUCUUCUGCAAGGAGGCUCUGAAAAUGGACGACAAGACGAUGGAAACACUCAUUAAUUACGAACCAGAUAAUGAUAUUGAAGACGAAGAUUUUUCAGACGACGAGGACGAAAAAAUUGACUCUGAGCAGUUCAAAUUAAUUCAGAACUUGCUAAGAUCUAUGAAGCAUUAG